AUGGUUUUAGUGGCGCCAGUAGUGGGAGUCAAGAUGUUCGCUGCUCUUGCCACCCUCUCCCUCGCUGUCCUCGCUGCUGCUGCCCCUCAGCGCGGUGGUCUUCCCCCCAUUGCUGAGCCCCCCACCGUCCCCACCGUCCCUGCUCCCAAUGGCUUCAACAUUACCAGCUUGGGUGUCAUCGGAACUGGAUGCCCUCCCGGAUCCACCUACUACGUCUUGAACCCUGAGAAGACUGCCGUCACCGUCAGCUUCAGCGAGUACUACGCUGAGGCCGGCCCUGGCAUCCCCAUCAGCUCCAACCGCAAGAACUGCCGCUUGACCUUCGGUGUCAACGUUCCCCCCGGCUUCACCUUCGGUAUCGCCACCGUCGACUACCGUGGCUACUACCAGCUCGACAAGGGUGUCACUGCCCAGCAGCAAUCCCUCUACUACUUCCAGGGACAACUCCAACAGGCUACCGCUCGCUCCUCCCUCGUUGGCCCCGUUGACGGCAAGGACUACACCUAUCGAGAUGCUUUCGAUUUGGUCUCCACCGUCCUCUCGCCUUGCGGCGUCUCCACUGUCUUGAACGUCCAGAGCGAGCUCCGUGUCUCCAACUCCGGCAACAGCAAGGGCUCCGGCUACAUUGCCACUGACUCCAUCGACACUGCCCUCACCACCACCUUCAACUUCCAGUGGCUCAAGUGCUAA